UAGAUUUAAUGCCAUUAUGUAAAUACAAACUAAAUGGUCUUUGAUUUGUAUUCAAUGUGUGUCACGUUAUAGUUUUCAAACUUGUAUUCUCAAACAAUUUUUGUGCCAAAUCUAAUUCAUAUUCAAUUUUAUUUUUUGACAAGCAUAAUGCAAGAGCUAUUUCUAAUGAAUUGGGAAAUACAUAGUUUGACAGAGAAAUUACAAUCGUAUAAAAAAACGUUGACUAAAAUUGACAUUAAAACUGUUUCAUUUAUUGAUCAGUUAACCGACACUAUUGCUUCAUUCUUGACAAAUAAAUUAGUCGAACCAACGGAAACGUGGGACGCGGGAUGCAAAGCCAUUUUCAACAAUUAUACCUUCUCACAUACUAUCAAUUGCAAGCACUGUGGACGAUCGGUGAGAACUACAAAACCGGGGUUAGUGAAACAUUUAAAAGAGCACAAUCUUCCUGAUUUAAAACAGUCAGGAAGCUCACUACCUAUUGCGCAAAAUGGCACUGCUUCAAACUCCACGAAGUCUGGUAGCAUUGGAAAUAAAAAAGGCCCUGCUUCAAACUCGACGAAGUCUGGUAGCAUUGGAAAUAAAUCUGGAAAUAAAAAAGGCACUGCUUCAAACUCGACGAAGUCUGGUAGCAUUGGAAAUAAAUCUAAUACUGAUCAUAGUAAGAAAUUGGUUCAAAAUUUAAAACAAUCAGCAAGCUCACUACCUAUUGCGCAAAAUGGCACUGCUUCAAACCCCACAAAGUCUGGUAGCAUUGAAAAUAAAAAAGACACUGUUUCAAACUCGACGAAGUCUGGUAGCAUUGGAAUUAAAUCUGGAAAUAAAAAAGGCUCUGCUUCAAACUCGACGAAGUCUGGUAGCAUUGGAAAUAAAUCUAAUACUGAUCAUAGUGAGGAAUUGGUUCAAAAUUCAAAACAAUCAAAUGCUUCAAACUCUUCAAAGUCUGGUAGCAUUGAAAAUAAAUCUGAUACUGCAUCAAAGGGAUCCCAAGAUUCAACGUGUCGAGAUCAAACGGAUUCCAAAAUUCAAAGCUCGAAGUCGGCAAAAACUACCAAAGACGACAACAAGUUGGAAAUUACGAAAAAAACACCAAGGCAGAGGCGCAAGUUUAGUCGUUCCCGUGAUGGUCUAAAUCUCGAAUCAGGUUGCAUACCCAGUUAUGAUAUAUGUUUGUCGAAAAAGAUGACUAAGUUCCUCGGAAGGCAACCAAUUGAUUUUCUGAAAGACCAGUUAAAAAUAUGUAGUGAGAUUGUAAAUUCUUCUGCUCAUGAAAAGAUAGCAGACAAUUUAAUAGAGCUGUUCAAGGAAAAUUUCCCCAAGAUGAAGGUUUAUAUGUUCGGAUCUCGAAUAACAGGACUUGCUAACAAGGGGAGUGAUUUGGAUUUGUUUCUCGACGCGGAAGAUUGCUACGAUGGCAAAAUAUAUUCCAAAACCAGACAGGCUACACUUAUUUAUUUGCUCGACGAGGUGUUAUCCAGGUCCAAGGAUUGGAGCAAGUUAGCAGCGGUAACCGGCGCGAGAACGCCGAUUCUACGUGCUCGGUAUAAACCGGAAAAAAUUUAUUGCGACAUAUCAUUCGCCAACGGCCUGUCUUGUCGCAACACAAUGUUAAUACAGUAUUUAUUUGAAUUACAACCGAUAUUUCAUCGAAUAGUUCUCUACCUGAAAAAAUGGGCAAACUUUUUACACAUUGGAGGUUUGAACAGCUAUACAAUAACAUUGUUAACAAUGUUCUAUUUGCAAGAUAAAAAACUACUGCCUUCUGUGUACGAUCUUCAAAAGGAUGUCACAAAUCAGUUGUAUAUAACACAUUGGCGCUCAGAUUUCGAUAAAAAGACCCUGGACGAGUUAGGAAUUCAAUUGGUUCCAGAUUCGGCAGUAGAGACCUACUUGCUAGGAUUUUUCACGUUCUAUGGGACGCGCUUCUGUUUUGAAACUCAGGUGGUUUGCACCUAUCUAGGAUGGUCCCCACAGAAAAGAGUUUUUGACCCAGAAGAGCAAAAAGUUCCUGAGCAAAUGGAAUCGUUGCGUGAUUACUACAAAUUGGGAGGUUCUGAGAGAGAAGUUUUAGCGUAUACUAAACCGAUUGUUGUUCAGGAUCCAUUCGAUUUGAUCCAUAAUGUGGCAAAGGGUAUUAGUCCAACCAAUGCCAGUAAAUUACGGUAUUAUUGCGCUAAGACGGCACAAUUACUAGAUGAAAAACAUACUCAAAUAAGUAAUAAUAAUAAUAAUAAUAAUAACAGUGUUCUAGAAAACGGCUUAUGAAACAAUGCUUUUAUAACAAAUAAUUUUAUUGCAACUGAUUAAAUUCAUCUUUAAGUAAAGACACACAUCAUUUCAUUCGAAAUCUUGUUAUUUUAUAUCAUUUUCUUGUGUUUCGCAUUAGUAACGCAAAUUAACUGUCUUACUUUUUUGUGUGCGCCGAAACAACAGAUUGUGAUCAUUUAUUUUAAAGCUUCCUAGAAUCAAAGAACCAUUGCAGUUAAGAUUGGGGAGCUGAUAUUAGCAUUGUAAAUCGGAUUAUUAGAACCCAUAGAACUUUACCCAUUAUCAUAAACAUACACAAUUUAAACAAACAAAAAAAAUAAGCUCUAA